AUGUUGGGUCUUGACAACGCGGGAAAGACCACCAUUCUCUACAAGUUGAAGUUGGGCAAGACGUCCAAGACCGCCCCAACCGUCGGAUUUAACGUCGAGACGGUCAAGCACAAGAACGUGUCCUUUGCUGUCUGGGACUGUGGUGGACAGGAACGUAUCAGACCGUUGUGGAGACACUACUUCACGGGAACAAACGCGUUGAUAUACGUCGUAGACUCCUCCGAUAAGGCCCGUUUGGAGGAGUCGAAAAAGGAAUUGAUGCGUGUGAUCAACGACAAAGAGUUGGCAAACUGCCUCUUGAUCGUUUUAGCCAACAAGCAGGAUGUGCCUGACGCAGUGAAGCCUAAGGACAUCAUCGAGCAGUUUGACAUGAACAGCUUGAGCGGCGAACACGUGUGGUCUGUGAUCCCCACUAUUGCCAUCGAUGGCACCGGUUUGGCGGAAACAUUGAGCUGGAUCUCCAGCCACUCCAAGUAA